GAGGCGGGGCCUGGCUGGAGAGCAGCCAAAUUGGGCAUCUUUUUGGAGAACGCAGAGCGGAGCGUGGAGAACGCAGGGGAGUCUGGAUAACCCGGGACUGAUGACGUGGCGACCGUCACUUCUGCUGCUGCUCUUGCUGCUCAGGCACAGGGCCCAGGGGAAGCCCUCCCCUGAGACCGGCCCUCAUGGCUCGGCGAGGGUGCACCAGCAGGCUCCCCUCAGCGAGGCCCCUCACGAUGAUGCCCACGGGAACUUCCAGUACGACCAUGAGGCUUUCUUGGGACGAGAGGUGGCUAAGGAAUUCGACCAACUCAGCCCAGAGGAAAGCCAAGCCCGUCUAGGGCGCAUAGUGGACCGCAUGGACCGCGCCGGGGACGGGGACGGCUGGGUGUCACUGGCCGAGCUCCGCGCGUGGAUCGCACACACACAGCAACGGCACAUACAAGACUCGGUGAGCGCGGCCUGGGACACGUACGACACGGACCGCGACGGGCAUGUGGGUUGGGAGGAGCUUCGCAACGCCACCUAUGGCUACUACGCGCCUGGUGAGGAAUUUCAUGAUGUGGAGGACGCGGAGACCUACAAGAAGAUGCUGGCUCGGGACGAGCGGCGUUUCCGGGCGGCUGACCAGGAUGGGGACUUGCGGGCCACUCGGGAGGAGCUGACAGCUUUCCUGCACCCGGAGGACUUCCCACACAUGCGGGACAUCGUGGUCGCCGAAACCCUGGAGGACCUGGACAAGAACAAAGAUGGCUACAUCCAAGUGGAGGAGUACAUCGCGGACCUGUACUCGGAGGAGCCCGGGGAGGAGGAGCCGGCCUGGGUGCAGACCGAGCGGGAGCAGUUCCGGGACUUCCGGGAUCUGAACAAGGACGGGCGGCUGGACGGCAGCGAGGUCGGCCACUGGGUGCUGCCCCCGGCCCAGGACCAGCCGCUGGUGGAGGCCAACCACUUGCUGCACGAGAGUGACACGGACAAGGACGGGCGUCUGAGCAAGGCCGAGAUCCUGGGCAACUGGAACAUGUUCGUGGGCAGCCAGGCCACCAACUAUGGCGAGGACCUGACGCGUCACCACGACGAGCUCUGAGCCUCCGCGCCCCGCCACAGCCGCGCAGCCCCGUGGGAUGAUCUGAGGGGCCCCAGUGCCCAGGUCGCCCCUCCAUGUCCAGACGUGCCCGACGUGGACACAGACCGUGGUGUCCCCUGCCCCUGGGCUCCCUGGGCCCUACGUGGUCAAGUCCUCUGCGUGAGGCCCCUCAGACCUCCCCACCGCGCCCCAGGAGCUCUCAGGGGCCCGAAGAGUGAGGGCCCACCCCUUUCUCCCUGGCAGGACCUCCCAGCCCAGUCCACGGCUCCCCGCACCGAGCUCAGCCUCCAAGAGCCUCGGCGAGCCCCAGAGCUCCCAAUCUGAGCCCCACACCGCAGACAGGAAACACGCCUCGCCCACGCCCACGCGUGCCCACAGGUGCCACCCCC